GCCACUGUAAGAGCUUCAUCCCCAAGCGAACCAGGGAGUGUAGGAAUGUACCUACCCACCUGACCUUGAAGCACUUUUGUCUUGCAUUCCAACCAAGGCGAUAACACCUCCACGCGGCCAGACCUCUUUCGAACCACGACAUUUACCACGAUUGUGAGAUCUGUCAUCUGCUGCAGCAAACCCGCAGUGGAGAUUAAACCGACGUCGACACACCUUGCAUAUUUCGUUUCGCUCUGCAUUCAUCAGUAGACUUUCUUGCAACGCUCGCUAGGAAACCUUCGACCAUCUCAGCACCACCAAGAUGGACCGCCGGCCAGACUCGACGGGCCUUGGGCCCCGUCAUGACCCGAACUCCCGCGUUACCAAGCCCGAAUCGGCCGCCGAUAAAAUGGCUGCUCUCAAAGCAAGAGUCGCAGCGGCGAUAGGAGGUACCAAGGCAAAGGGAGGUCUCAAUGUCGGGUUGCACCCAGUCCUUGAGGGCCUCGGCCAAGCAAAGCCUCCAGGCAGAACAGGCGAUGCGAAGCCAUCAGUUAGCCGGUCGCAGUUUGAAUCCAGUUCUGCUACUGCGUCUAGCUACAGGAUGCCAGACAAGCCAGGGCGCGGCCGCGACGGACCGCAAUCGAACCCGUAUUUCAACGAGCAACUAGCAGCACAGCCCGCAGGCGGAAAACAACGACAAGCCCGGCCGCUACACUUUCACCCCAAGGGCAAAUUCAUCCAGCAGGCUGCCGCGCUGCGGCGACAGGCUGCCUUGGAGGAAAUGAAAAAGCGGAUUGCGGCACAGACCAGGAAGGCUGGGAUCGAGGAUGAGCUGGACAUGGAGAAGAAUCUCGUUGUCGAACCGCCUCCAGAUAUCGAAUGGUUUGACGAAGGGCUGGUAGAUGGCACGUACGACAACAUCGGGGACGAGGCCCGCCUCAAGAUCAACAAGGAAGACACUAUUGUCACCGAAUACAUCCAGCACCCCGUCGCGCUGGAGCCACCACAAGAGAAGAACGCACCAGCAGUGAAGCCGAUGUAUCUGACAUCAAAGGAGCAGAAAAAGCUCAGGAGACAGAGGAGAAUGGCGGAGCUCAAGGAACAGCAGGCAAAGAUCAGGCUUGGACUAGUCCCAGCACCACCUCCCAAGGUCAAGAAGAGCAAUAUGAUGCGUGUAUACGCAGAUUCGGCAGUGAAGGAUCCGACGGCUGUGGAAAACCUCGUCAACCGGCAGAUUGCGGAACGCCAGCAGAACCACCUGCAGACUAAUGAGGAGCGCAAGCUCACCAAGGAAGAGAAGCACGACAAGCUCGCCACAAACCAAGAAAAGGAUGCCGCCAAGGGUAUCCAUGUUUUGGUCUUCAAGAUCAACAGUCUCGCGAACGGCCAACACCGAUUCAAGAUUCAAAAGAACGCCGAGCAGCACGCGCUCACGGGGAUCUGCAUCAUGCACCCCAAGAUGAACCUUGUCAUUGUAGAAGGGGGCGAGCACAGCAUACGCAAGUAUAAAAGGCUCAUGUUGGACCGUAUCGACUGGACGGAGAACACGCCGUCUCGAGAGGGCAACACACAGCAGCAGAUGCGCGAAUGGUUGGUGGCGGAGAAUGAGAAGGGAGACCUCAAGGACAUGUCGCACAACGAGUGCAAGCUAGUGUUUGAGGGCGAGGAGAAGACGAGGGCCUUUCGCAAAUGGGGAAACAAGGUGUGCGAAUCCGAUGCAGAGGCCAAGGACGCGUUGACUCGGGCCAAGAUGGAAAAUUUUUGGGCGCUCGCGAAGACUAUGUAAAAUACCCUUCCUUUCAUCGAUGGGUGGAAACUCGUCAAAACAGGAAAAUCUACAUCAGAGAAGCCGGCACGAGUCUUUCGAUUUGUCGGCCCAUCUCUCUUGCCUUAAUUUACCCAUAAUAGGACGCAUUCAACAACG